AUGGAAGGAAAGAAUCAAACAGUUCUGUCAGAAUUCAUCAUUUUGGGAUUUUCCAACCUAAGUGAAUUGCAGUUUUUACUAUUCACCAUCUUCUUUUUAACUUAUCUGUGUACUUUGGGAGGAAAUAUAUUCGUUAUUUUGGUGACCAUGGCUGAUCCACAUUUACACACACCCAUGUAUUAUUUUCUAGGGAAUUUGGCCUUUCUUGACAUCUGUUACACCACCACCAAUGUCCCCCAGAUGAUGGUGCAUCUUGUAUCAAAGAAGAAAAGCAUUUCCUUCGGGGGAUGUGUGGCUCAACUUUUUGCAUUCAUUUUCUUUGUGGGAUCAGAAUGUCUCCUCCUGGCAGCCAUGGCGUAUGAUCGUUACAUUGCAAUCCGUAAGCCCUUAAGGUAUUCAGUUAUUAUGAACAAGGUCCUGUAUAGCCAGUUAGCAGCUUCUUGCUGGACUGGUGGUUUCCUCAAUUCAGUGGUGCACACAGUACUGACAUUCCGCCUGCCCUUCUGUGGAAACAACCAGAUUAAUUAUUUCUUCUGUGACAUUCCUCCUUUGCUGAUCUUGUCUUGUGGGGACACUUCUGUCAAUGAACUGGCAUUGCUCUCCAUUGGAGUCUUCAUUGGUUGGAUUCCUUUUCUGUGUAUUGUCCUUUCCUACCUUUACAUAAUCUCUGCCAUCUUGAGGAUCCGCUCCUCGGAGGGGAGACGCAAAGCCUUUUCUACAUGUGCCUCCCACCUGAUCAUUGUCCUUCUCUACUAUGGCAGCGCCAUUUUCACAUACGUACGGCCAAUCUCAGCUUACUCAUUGGAAAAAGACAGACUAAUCUCAGUAUUAUAUAGUGUCGUUACUCCAAUGCUAAACCCUAUAAUUUACACUUUGAGGAAUAAGGACAUCAGAGAAGCUGUGAAAGCUGUGGGGAGAAAAUGGCAGCCACCAAUUCCUUCUUUUAAUAUGUAA